UUUGAGCAUGGUUUCAUGGAUCUCUGGGGAAGCGAAUGAACUUUCUGCUCGUAAAGAUGUGGUUAGAAACCGACUGAUUUUGCCGAUUCAAACGAGGAAUAAAAAUACAAAAUUAACAUGGCAGUGUCAUUUUGUGGUAAAAGAAUAAUCCUUACACGGUCCAGCCUGCUUAAAACCCCAAGGAGGAACGGAUACAUCGUACUAGUACCUGAAAUCGGCGAAGAUCUACCAGGAAAAAAUCCGCUGCUCAAAGAUGACGGAUUUCCAGAAUUCAAUCGGCUCUCAAUUGAGAAGUGCGUUGCUGCGAUUGGAAAACAAUCUGUGGAAUUCGAACAAGGCGUCAGGCAUAUAGGAGAGACCAUCGAAAAAAUGGAGUCUCCUGACAUAUUUAACGACGUCUUGAAUCCCAUCGAUGAUCUCGCCAUUCCGUUAGAUACGACGUGGGGUUUGGCCAAGACACUCUACCUCGGAAAUCAAAGCCUCAUGCCAACUAAAUGUUACAUGAAUAUCCACGAGAGAGCUAGGAAUGCCAGAUCGUCCAAGUAUAUCAUCAAGCCGAUAUAUCAGGCGUGUAAAAAUGCCAAGGAAGAUGGGAGUUUGAAAAUGACCGAGGAGCAGCGAAGACUUGUUUCCAAAUUUGCGUUGGAGGGAAAAUUGAACGGGUUCGAGGUUGCUCCUUCUAAUAUGGACAGCUUCAACCUCGCACUUUUUAAAAUACGUGAAAGACAGACUGAAUUUUCAGAUAAAUUAAAGGUUGCAACGGAGCAAUUUAACCACAUAGUAAGCGACCCUAAUGUAGUCAAAGACUUUCCUCUGGAGUUUCUGAAAAGCAUCGCUGUAGAUUCUUCGCAACCAGAGAAAGGCCCUUGGAAAAUAACACUGCAGCCUUUCAUCAAGAACACGUUUUUAGAAUACUGUCCCGAUCGCAAUCUCAGAUGUAAAGUUUGGGUCGCCGACCGCCAGCGUUCGGUGCCGUGGACUGAACGGCAUGUAGCAACGAGCGUGGCUCUGGAACAUCUCAGAGACGCACGGGCUAGGAAAGCAAAAUACCUUGGAUAUAAGUCCUACACUCACAUGAGCAUGGAAACGAAAAUGGCUGGAAGUGUAGAAAAUAUUUAUAACGUUUUAGACUCGCUGUUGGAGACAGCGUGGCCUGCGCAGCUGCAGGAAUUGGACACCUUGAAAUCGUUUGCAUAUGACAGAGGUUUUGAGAGCAAUCUUCAGCUCUGGGAUGUCCCGUACUGGAGCAGAAAACAACGAACGACUUUGCACGGCAUCAACGAAGCCCAUUUACAGGAAUACUUUCCUCUGCCGCAAGUGCUGUUCAGUCUUUUUAAGCUGUUGGAAAGAUUAUUUGAUAUAAAGUUCAUUGAGCGAAAAACCGCAGAUGUCUGGCAUCAGGACGUUCGACUGAUCGACAUUGUAGAAGGAAAUGAAAUUGAGCCCAUUGCUAGUUUCUAUUUGGAUCCGUACGCCAGACAGAACGAGAAAGUUCGGAUAGAGGAAAGCUCGGGAUGGAUGGUGGCUAUUCGGAACAGGAGCGCCAUUACGCAGACAAAUCCUCUCGCCGCUCUCAUAUUCAAUUUCCAACCGCCUCACCAGGACAAACCCUCCUUACUAACGUUCAAGGACCUUCAGGUCCUCUUUGCCAAGUUCGGUCACGCCUUGCAGCAUUUAUUAACCAAAACGAAUCACUCCGAGGUUGCCGGAUUCUCAAACGUCGAAUGGGACGCUGUGGGAAUAAGCAGCAACUUCAUUUUGAAUUGGCUGUAUGAAUAUUCGACAUUAAAAGAUAUCGGAACACAUUACAAGACUGGAGAAUCAUUGCCGAAAGAGAUAAUCGAGGGAUUGGCAAAUAUCAGAUCUCAUAUGGCAGGCUACACGCUUUGCAAGGAGCUUUACCUGUCUCGGCUCGACUUGGAGCUGCAUUUAAAUGCAGAUAUAUUCUGGCUGGACCUUGUGAAAAAACUUUGGAAAAACCACUUCGCGUUUGCCUUGGAUAAAAGGGACGGUCAUGUCUGUUCGUUUGAGGAUAUAUUCAGUGGCGACUGGGGAGCUGCGUAUUAUAGUCAUUUGUGGGCGCAAAUGGUGGCCGCCGAUGCGUACAGCGCUUUCCAAGAGGUUGCGCCAGGCGACGAACAGCAACAGGCUGAAAUUGGAAAGCGGUUUAAGGACACGUUUCUGUCGAGCGGUGGAGCGUGCCAUCCAAGCGAAGUCUUCAGACGGUUUAGAGGCAGGGAUCCGAGCCCCAACGCGCUGAUAAAAAAUCUUGGCUUAAAGUCGCAGGCUAAAAUUCACUGAGGUUUCAGAAACGAACACAUUGGUUAUUGAACGUAAUGAUUAUUGUAUUGUCGUGCGGAUUACGUCAACGGAUUUUCGUCCGGCGUAUAGCUUGGGAUGAGAUCGAGAGAAAGUGAGAAUAGAUAUCUAUUUUCUAGAUACAUUUUAAUUUUACAACGCACGAUCUCUGCUCGCUUCAAGGAACAUCAAUUGAUUAUGAAGGCAAUGAUUUCGGUAUCACAUUAACAGUUGGCAAAACUGGUAAGAGAGCGAGACAAAGAUAAUCUGUGUGAAUAAAUCGUUGUCCUCGGACUGAUGAUCCGGUAAUCUACGGGCCGUUUAAUCUCUUCUUGAUUAAUUUAAACCAGUCUCGCUUGUUAUCUCGCCAACUCUGAAUUUUCGUCAAGUAUUCUCCAAUCGUUUUCAAUGUUGCAGAGCGAAAAGGGUUGAUAUUCAAUGAAAUUUUAACGCCGUUUUACACGGAGUAUCCUAGAAAUUUUCGGACGUUGCAUUAUUUCUCCUUAAAAGUUGGUGAAUAUUAAAUUAAAAUGAAAUGUUUUCAUCGCAAAUUAGUUAUCUUCAGAGCUUUCAAAGAUAAUUUUUACAAUCCGUUUGCACGGUCUCCUAUCAUUUGGCCUUAAUUGUUUACCCGGCCAUGUUAUCUUUAAGUUUAUCGUUGAAUGACCCCCAGGUAAGAAACAAAGGCGAACUUCUAUCAUUUAUAGAAAUAUUAUGUAUAAUGUCUUUAUAGUGUAUUUAACAUAUGAUUCAUUCAAGUAUAUAUAGUGUAAUAUAUAAGUGAAAAUUAAUUACAAUUAUACAAAAAAAUUCUUUACAAUAUAUAGGAUAGUACUCAGAUCGUACUACGCAAGUUAAGAAAAAUCACCAAUUCACAAAAAUCGAAUUAAGGAAUAGGUUCAAAUCUAAUAAAGUGAAAACUUUACGAUUCAGAACCUUGGAAUUUUUUUUGUUAUUUCUCAUACAAAUUACGCAACUAAGUACACUGAAUUCGGUAUAGAUUUACGACUUCUCAACCGUUUGGUUCCGUCUUCCUUUUAAUAUAAAAAAUCUUUUCCGUCAUUGCUCUUUUCAUCGACCUGGCAAUACGUCUAUAUUACAAUUACACCUCGAAUCCAAUAUUCGUCAUAUUGCUGAAAAUACAGUUGCUUCUGGAC